AUGGAGGGUUAUCGGAGUUUGACCACGAAUGCCAUCGGUUUUUGUCUACUCCCAUCGGAACUCAUACAGUACAUAAUUCUCCGGUUGGCUUUACCUGAUAUUGUCCGAUUAAAAUCGGUCAACAAAUCCAUCUCAUCGAUGAUCUCGGACCAAGACUUUGUCCGAGACUAUAAUCUCCAUUCCAGCUCCGCCACCUGGCUAUUUAUAUACAAAAAGAGAUGGCAUCGGGAUUCCAUGCUUCAGGGCUACACCAAUUGUUCCAAUCGAUGGUUCAAGAUUCUGAUUUCUGAUAUGUUGAAGUCAGUGGCUCCACCAGGGGAGGACCUGUACUUGCUGACGGCAUCGGGUAAUAUUUUUCUGUUUGCCUUGAAUAACCGCCUGGAAGUUAUUUCAGUUAACCCCAUGUCCAAAACGGUUAAGAAAAUCCCCCCAAGUCCAUUAGGUCCACGGGGCACGUCAUCCUGGCGACGAUCGGGCAUCAAAUUACUAUCUGGCCCCCCAGGUUCAGAUCAUUUUCGAUUUUUAUUCGCAGAAAUGCGGGAAAAUCAACCAAUUCUAUUCGAGUAUGAUUCCAGAAGCAAUGAGUGGAGCUCCACUGAAGCAGGAGAAAAUGUUGUCAGUGCCGAAACAGGGAGAGAUUACGGUACCAUUUAUCUGAGCGCAUACAAUGGAACCAGUGGAAGUGUGAUCAUUGCCAAAGGCAAAGGGACUGCCGACCAAGAUGAACGUGACGCGGCCGCGGUUGUACGGCCAAGAUUUGUGGGAUGGGGAGGAAAUGAAGGGGGACAGCUAGCUGUUGGAUUUAGCUGGGGAAAUGCGAUUGAUCGGCUAUACGUGUACGGCGAUGGGAAGGCGAUGAUCGUGAGAUCCGACGGCGUUGAAGAUGGGAAUAGCAGGGUGAUGAGGAUGUUGAAUGGGUUAGAGCUGUGGGGGCUGAGCUCAAGUGGGGGGCAUUGGGAACUGAUAUCAACGGUUCCGAAUGAACUGGUUGAGAAAAUUAGGAAGCCUUAUGGGGCUAUGAUGGGGUGUUUGGAGCAAAGGCUGGGAGUUGUCAGAGCCAUCCUGAUGUCCAACUUGGAGGGCGUAUGGGACAUUGUGUGGCUAUGUUAUGAAUUAGAAAGCAGGAUUUGGAAUUGGGUUCCAAUUCCGGAUUGCAAAAUGAAGGGUGCCAACAUGGCCGGAAUUGCCUUUUCUUCUGGCCUCACACUGAAGUAA